CGAAGAGGGCCAGCAACAAUACCAGCGGGCCAUCUACCAAUCCAACCCAUCAUAACGCCAGGAUGGGGCGUUGCCGGUAUCAUUUUGAUGCUCACUGGCCUUGUAUACACCCUGGUGGGCAUUAAAAAUCGAUGGAUUAACUGCUUCUUCUCGACCGCCUUUAUCACUGCGCUCGGAAUCUCGGUCCUUAUCGUCUACAUCAUGAACGUCCCUGUCAGCCGAGGUGUUCAAGGAGCAUAUGUCGUCGCCGUUACCUUAUCUGGUUGCGCACUAGGCGCAGCAUCCCUCAUCUUCAAAGAGCUGACUGAAGGUUUGGGGUGUGCUCUGGGCGGCUUUUGUCUCAGCAUGUGGUUCCUUUGUUUGGCACCGGGAGGCUUGAUACAAGAUACAAUUGGUAGAGCCAUCUUUAUCGCCUGCAUGUCUGUCGUUGGCUUUGGCUUUUAUUUCAGUCGCUAUACUCGAGAUUGGGCAAUGAUUAUCUUAAUGUCCUUUGGAGGUGCCACGGUAAUAGUUUUGGGCAUCGACAGCUACAGCAGAGCCGGACUGAAAGAAUUCUGGGCCUACAUCUGGAAUCUCAAUGACAAUCUGUUUCCCCUUGGUGCAGACACAUAUCCUAUUACACGAGGUAUUAGAGUCGAGAUUGCC